UGAUCAAUCAUUAGUCCCUUGUGAUAAGGCUCUUCCUAUUGGAUAUGUAGCGCAGUUACCAUAUCUGUAGUGGUAUAAUAACUUUGCUUGAUAAUGACUCAUUGUUAAUUCAGUUUUACUUGCAGUUACGGACAGCACAGGAAGAAAAAAAAUAUGACAACGACGGCAACGACACGGGUGUUUGGUAGAAACGUCACCAACAAAGCGGGAAUAAUCACUUUGGUGAUUGGAGCGCUGGUCGUGGCGGCUGGCAUUGCAAUGAUAAUCACUAGUGUUGUACUUAGCACCGAUUUUGACUAUGACGACUAUGGUGUGAUAAUUGUUCUCAAUAUCGUAGGAGGACUUAGUCUGAGUGCUGGAGGACUUAUUGUGUCGACAGGAUUUGUGAUAAUUUGCACCAUACGCCACAAAUCAUUGGCCAGUUCCUUGACGACACCCGUGUAUGUUGCCCAACAGUACCCACAACAAGGCACAACUCAACUAUACCCACAGCAGGCAGGAGUUUCACCAUAUCCACAGCAAGCAGGAGUUUCACCAUAUCCACAACAGGCAGGAAUUUCACCAUACCCACAGCAGGCAACUGUCCCAUCAUACCCACUGCAGGAAGCUGCUCCACCAUACUCACAGCAGGAAGCAGCUCCACCAUACCCACAGCAGGCAACUGUCCCAUCAUACCCACAGCAGGAAGCUGCUCCACCAUACCCACAGCAGGCAGCAGCUCCACCAUACCCGCAGCAGGCAACUGUCCCAUCAUACCCACAGCAGGAAGCUGCUCCACCAUACACACAGCAGGCACCAGGUCUACCACUAGGCCCAGACCAGCCCUAUCCUGAAAAGAGUGCAUAUUAAGUCUCCGCGAAUGGCAUUAUAUUAAGUGUACUCGCCACGGGGUAACACCAGGCAUAUAUAUAACGUAGAUCCACUAGAAGUUUACAUUUGAGAAAUUGCACCAUGCAGUAAUUGCGUAAAUGAAGAUCAGCCAUGUUCACUGCGUCAGUUAUAGAAAAGGUAUGGGCUAUAAUGGAUAUCCUUACAAUGUUAGAGAUGUAUCUGACCGGUUUCUACUACAUGAUUAUCAAAAAUAUAUAAUUUUGAUAUUGUCAAAUACAUCUCUUACGCUGUUACGAUAACAAUUUUAAUUCAGACCUUUUCCCUUGCAGUAAAGAAUUAGGCUUUCUUGUGUCUUUUACUUCCGUUUAUAGCUUCAAGAUAAUUUUCAAAAUAAAUGUGAUUCUGAGUUGCAUUUCGAAAUUAUAACUGUGUUUAUAGCAUACAAACCUGUAACACCUAAAUAGGUAGCCAGGCGGGUCAAGGCAAGGCACGUGGUAUCACUUUCAUUGUCUAGUGUAAUAAUAUAAGAAAACAAAAACAACAUUAAAAAAGGAAUAUAGCAUUUCUCUUUGUUUUGAAAUGUUAUGCUGUGAUUCGUCUGGAUAUUGCCAACUGUACUCAGUCCAACAUCAUUAACAGAAGAAAUGGCAACUCACUCCGAUUUCUGGAGGACUCCGAAUCGCCAAAUCUAUUUUAAGAAGGAAAAUAGACGCGUUGAAGGGAAAUGUACACCAUUCCCUGUUGUGGCCAUGGUAUUUCCCUUCAGUAUAUCAUAUCAUACCCUGUUGUCGGUAUGGUAUGUGAAAAGAGACGCAUUGAAGGGAUUCCGAAUCCUCAGAUCUGUUUUUAGAAGGAAUUAUAAUUUAUAAAGUUGUGUAGUCUAUACCUACUUGAGGCAUCUGGCAUUACAUUCAUAGAUACUUAGUAAUAAGUAUGAGUAGUAAUUCUGCAUUCAUUUGAUAUUAUUCAAACUAAGAAACAGAUAAAAUUUUUUGAUCAAUAUAUAACUUUGUAUAAUGUGAUUUUGGUAUUAUUCCUUAUACAAUUUUUUUUCUGGACACAGUACAAUUGAAUAAAUAAGCAGUGACUAUACGUACAUUCGUUUUACAUACAUGUUGCAAAUAGAUUUAUUUUGGGGGGAUCAAUAUGCAUUACUUCACUUUAUGCAUUAUUUAUUUCAUGUGUGGAAUCUAUAUACAUAUAUCUAGAUAAAAAUGCCUGCGUUACCAUUGACUUUGAUAUAUAUUAAUGAAUAUGUAGAAUUUUAUAUAUAUUUAUGAAUAUGUAGAAUUUGAUACAUAUUUAUGAAUAUGUAGAAUCUGAUAUACAUAUAUAUUUAUGAAUGUGUCAUGCUUUUUUCAACUCUGCGAAAAAUGUAUAUAAUUUAUUCCAUAUGUUAUAGAAAUACAUGAAAAUAUAUAAAUUCAUGUUUCAAGUUAUACGUAAGGCUUAUAAUCAUACUCUACUCAAAUAUAACGUUUAGAAACAGGUUAUACAUAUGUUCUACAUGCUGUAUAUAACGGUUAAGAGUAAACGUAACCAUUAUCCUAUUAAAUAGUUUUUUUUUCACACGCUAUAGAGUGUAGGAAUACGGAGAAUGAUAUGAAUGUGAUGAUGAUACAUGCAUUUUAAUGAUAUGUAUAUAUUAUGUAUUAGCAUUGCAUAUUUAUUGAAUUUCUACUAGUGAGAGCAAAGAUGUUAUUCUUAAAGUGUUAAGCGUUGUAUGAAUAUGUAUUUCUUUUAUCCCUGAUAAAGAAAGGAAAAUUAAAAAAAUGUCUUUCGUAUUACCUCGUUGGGAAUGUAAAUGAAACAACUACCUUUAAAAAAAGACAUGUUUAUUUAUUUAUCUAUUGAACUUUGGUUACAUCAAUAUAUACUCUCGGUUUUAAGGUGAAACAAUGCACUAUGAAUAUGCUUAAUUUUCACAACUGGGAUAUCUCCCUCUCAAAAAAAAAAAAAAAAAUCCUCAACGUCAUAAAACGAGCACUUUCUUUCACGUUGCCUUUCUCUAUUAUCAUAAAACGAGCACUUUCUUUCACAUCGUCUUACUCUAUUAUUAAAAAAACGAACAUUUUCUUUCACAUUAAUUUAUAUCUGGAUUUUCUACAGGGAACUCUUACACUCGAAUACUAGGGUAAUGAAGCCGAUUCUGGGGGCAACGAGGCACUUUCUAAAAGUAAAAGGUAUUUGGAGUAGAUUCAUAAAUGAUAAUCAUGAAUGAAUUAACGACUGAAGAAGUACAUUCAUAAAUAAAUGAUAAUGAAUGAAUAAUAAUACUAAUAAACAAGGACAGUGUCAUAGCAGCAAAGUCCGAUUUUCUUGCAUUUAAAGAGGAUAAGACUCCCGAAGUGGAUAAACAUCAUCAGAUUGAAAAACUGAAUCCUUUUUGGGCCAGACUGGAAGAGGAAUAUAUGUCUUGUGCUUUACAGACCAUUGCGUUCAUAUUUUACUGAAGGACAAACAAUACUGGGUUUUCAGUUAAUAAUUCAAUAAAUAAUGUUUAUAUUCUAUUACCAAAAGCAAUGAUGCAUUAAUUCAAAUUUAUGAUAAAGAAACAAUAUUAUUUUUUGUCAAAGGAAUGAUGACUAAAUA